AUGUCCUCCUUCACCGACAGUUGUAGUAGUGGCAUUUCAAGGAAAUCAUUUGCUGCUGACGAAUCGCCUGCUCCACCACCAGGUUUACAACGCAAGAGGUCCAUGUCAUUAUCCAGUCAACUACCCAUCCUAAAAUCAAAACCAUCUCACAACAUGUAUCCAUCCUCCACAUCCUCACUCCAUUCCACUCGAGAUCGUUCAGCAUGCAUCCAAUACUCAAAACAAGCCCAUUUCUCCAAUUACAAUUUUUCACACUCAACAAGUGCCUUUCAAGAGCUUCCUGACGAACUCAAAUGUUACAUUUUCACAUUUCUUUCUGGAAAUUUCAUCUUCAAGACAGUUCGAAUGGUAUGUCAGAGUUGGAGAGAUCUCAUUCGAGAAUAUGGAAUUUUUUCAGGUCCUUUGACUUUUACAGUUUAUUCACCAGAUUAUGAGAGAGAUCGAAAAAAGGAUUUGAAACGAAUUGAGAUUUUUGUAAAGUGUUGUAAGGAAGGAUAUUUUACUCAAUUGGAUGAUUUGCAGUUGAAUUUUUCAAUGAAGGAUCAGAGUGUGAUGAUUAAUGCGUUGUUUUUGGACUCGUCAGGAAUGACAGGUGGCAUUUCACCGUUGUCAGGAAAUGCCUUGUUAAUGAGUGACAGCGUAUUUUCGAAUGUCUCUCCAACUUCAAGCAAUGCUUUGAAUUUGUCACAACAUUCGAUACAAAUCUCACCAAGACAAGUCUCUCCAAGAAGACGACAUUCCAAGAAUUUGACAAGUGACAACUCCCAGACUUUUCGAAAAACUCAACCCUAUUUCCCAAACUUGACCAAACUCCAAAUCAAAUAUCAACAUCCUUUCUGCAAGACUUUAGCCACUUCACCCUACCUUACCUCACUCAAGCACCUUAACUUAAGUUUUUGUCGAUUAGUGACAGAUUCUGAAGUCAAAGAAUUGGCACAAAGUGAAUAUUUAACCAAAUUAGAAACUCUUUUAUUGCAAGGGACAAGUAUCACUGAUGAAGGAGUUAAAGCCAUUGCCACUAGCUCCACACUCAUUCAUUUGACAUGUUUGGACAUUGGUGGAAAUUAUCCGCUAAUUACAAUGGAAGGAUUUUUAAGUGUUCUCACAUCCAACAAUUACCACAAGUUGAAAACCUUUGAAUUUCAAGGAAAUCGUGUGAGAUUUGACAAUUUCAUGCCACUCACUUCUCAAACAUUGUCAAGUUCUGGUGGUGCAACAACAAGUGCUUGGAGUCCAUUGAAAUCUGCUUCUGUUCAGUUGGUGACGCAUUCCUUUCCAAAUGAUUCUGCAUCAUCAUUGGGAUUAAGGUACUUGAAUUUGUAUCGAAACUUUUUUGGAAAGACGGGAGCGCAAUUUAUUGCACAUCAUGCUUUUCAAUUGUUCAAGAAUUUGACCUCUUUGAAUAUUACGAACAAUUACAUUGAAAAAGAAGGAAUCAAGUACUUGUGUGAGAGCAGUCACUUGUCAAAUUUGACCUACCUCGAAGCAGGAUACAAUAACAUUGGAGAUGAAGGAGUUAAAUAUGUGGCCAACGCUAUGUUUGCCUCAAACUUGACUCAACUCUUUUUGGUCAACAAUAAUAUUGGACCUGAAGGAGUGAAAGCAUUGACUGAUCCAGUCACUUCACAGCUUUGCAAUUUGACUGAAUUGAGUUUGAGUAACUUUGACAAUGAAAAUAACAAUAAGAUUGGAGAUGAAGGAGCCCUUGCACUUGCUCAUAGCCCCCUGUUAUGGAAGUUGCAAAAGUUGUCCCUGCGAAAGAAUCAAAUCGGUGAUCAAGGAGUGCUUGAAUUGUCUCAGAGUCCGUUCUUGCAGAAUUUGGAAGAAUUGGAUUUGAGGUAUAAUAAUGCUGCACUUGAAUCGAUCGAGGCUGCAAAUUUUCGUGUGGGAAGCAAGAAUUUACUGCAUCAUCAGAUUGCGAAUCAUCACAUACCGAGUAAGCAAAAGAAACACAAAUCCAUCGAUAAGAAUUGUUUGGUUCAAUAA